CUGAGAGCAGAGGAGUCACAGAGAGCCGCGGACUCAGCGGAGGAAGGAGACGCUGCAAAGUGCGAGCAACAUGACCCGGAGCUGAGGACUCUGCGGGAGCCGCCGAGGAGAUGUCCCCCGGAGCCACCGCUGUGUCCGGCCCCUGAGCACACCGUGGGGGCCCUGCACAGAGGACGCGGAGCAGUGACCGCACAGCGUUACCGGGCAUCGCUGCCCCGCACACCGCCGCCUGUCCCCUCACAUGGAGAAGUGCUGAGCCGCGCACAAGUCUCCGGAAGUGCAGCCCGAGUCUGAACUAUUGUCGCGCUUUGUUGCCACCCAUGGCGUACACGUACAGCUCCUCGUCUGCCGCCCCGGUCGGAUCCCAGUACUGCGUGUGCAGAGUGGAACUGUCUGUUUCCUGUCAAAACCUCCUCGAUCGGGACGUAGCCUCUAAAUCUGACCCCUUUUGCGUCUUACUCUUGGAAGUAAAUGAAAAAUGGACUGAGAUCGACAGAACGGAGACAAAUGUCAACAAUCUGAACCCCGUGUUUGCAAAGAAGUUUACCAUCAACUAUCACUUUGAAGAAGUGCAGAAGUUAAAGUUUGCCAUUUUUGAUCAAGACAAGUCAAGCACGCAGCUCUACGAGCAUGACUUCCUGGGGGAGUACGUGUGCACCCUCGGAUCGAUUGUUUCCAGCAAGAAGGUAACGCGACCCUUGGUUUUAGGGAACGGGAAGCCAGCGGGGAAGGGAGUUAUAACGGUCAUUGCUGAAGAGCUGUCUGAUAACAGGGUGAUAACACUUUCCAUGGCCGGGAGGAAGCUGGAUAAAAAGGAUUUUUUCGGCAAGUCAGAUCCAUUUUUAGAAUUCUACAAACAAGGAGAUGAUGGGAAAUGGAUGCUGGUUCAUAGGACGGAGGUUAUAAAAUAUACUCUGGACCCUGUGUGGAAGCCUUUUACUGUGCCCUUACAGUCUAUGUGUAAUGGAGACAUCGAGAAGCCAAUAAAGGUUAUAUGCUAUGAUUAUGACAAUGAUGGAGGACAUGACUUUAUUGGGGAAUUUCAGACUACCGCAAUCAAGAUGUGCGAGUCUCGAGAGGGAAUGUCUGUGGAAUUCGACUGCAUUAACCCAAAGAAACAAAAGAAGAAGAGAAGCUACAAAAACUCUGGAGUAAUCAUCAUUAAAUCUUGUAAAAUUACAAGAGACUUUUCCUUCCUUGAUUACAUACUGGGAGGAUGCCAGUUGAUGUUUACAGUUGGAAUUGACUUUACAGCAUCGAAUGGAAAUCCCAGAGAGGCCUCCUCUCUGCACUAUAUCAACCCUAUGGGCACGAACGAAUACCUUUCUGCAUUAUGGUCUGUCGGACAAAUCAUUCAGGAUUAUGAUUCUGAUAAGCUGUUCCCUGCCCUGGGGUUUGGCGCACAGCUGCCUCCAGACUGGAAGGUGUCGCAUGAAUUUGCUAUCAAUUUCAAUCCUACCAGCCCUUUCUGCUCUGGAGUGGAAGGCAUUAUUGAGGCCUACUCUGCCUGUCUCCCUCACAUACGCUUCUAUGGACCCACCAAUUUUUCUCCGAUCAUUAAUCAUGUUGCACGAUUUGCAGCUCAAGCAACUCAGCAGCAGUCAGCAGGGCAAUACUUUAUCCUCCUAAUUAUAACGGAUGGCGUCAUUAGCGACAUGGAUGAAACAAGGCAUGCUAUUGUACAAGCAUCUAAGCUGGCCAUGUCCAUUAUAAUCAUCGGGGUAGGAAACGCAGACUUUUCAGCCAUGGAAUUCCUUGAUGGAGACAACAGAAUGCUCAGAUCCUAUACAGGAGAGGAGGCGUCGAGGGACAUUGUGCAGUUUGUGCCAUUCAGGGAGUUUCGUAAUGCCCCUAAAGAAACUCUGGCCAAAGCCGUUCUUGCUGAACUUCCACAACAAGUGGUAGAUUACUUCAAGAGCCACAAUCUCCCACCCAUCAAGGCCGAGGACGUAUAACCAGCCACAUUACAUCCCACGUGCCAUGACACCUGUCGACAAUCCUUGUGUAAAACCAGCAAUCUUGAGGUGUAUGACAAUUCUGAUGGCAACACCGACGUCCGUUUCUGUAUUCAAGCCAUUGUUUUUUCCUAAGGCCAGAGACCGUGCUAAGAUCUGGUUCUGGGUUGCUGCCAUCAUGUUCUGGUUAUCAUGGAGAUAUCUGUUGAAGUAUAUAGCAUGUCUCCUGUCAGACAAGACUUACAAUACUGCACUUGUUUGGAGAUGAAGGCAGAAGAAGCGAAGAUGACUUGAUGCUGACAUCUGGAGUUUGAGUGGAGUCAUAGAUUACAGUAUGUUACUGUUGAACCAGUAUUCUGCAUCCCAUGGCUCUCCAGGUGCUGUGACACCACAACUUCCAGCAUGCCCUCACAUCUUCUAUAGGUAGAAAGCCAUGGGUUACUGACUACUGACAUUGGUGCAGCAACCAGAAAGACCAACAGAUCUGUAGUCCAUGUUAUCUGCAAAGAGCAACAAUCUACGUGGUCCAAUCUUUGAGUUUGGCAUUGUUAAGGUAAAAUGGCAGCAACAUAUACAGAGGGGGACAUAGUGAAAUACCACCAUACUUGAUUUAUCUUUAGUCCUAUGUUCUAUCUCCUACUUUUACUAGAGAAAGUAAAGUCGCGUGCUUACGGACCGGUGAGCGAUUAUACCAAGCACUGAAGGCAUCUAUCACCAGCUGCCGGAUCAUAUACAGUACAAUCACAACAUUGUAAGGAUAGGCCUGCACAGGACAUGAAACAGUCCUGCAAAUCAUGCUGCAAACUUGCAGUGAAUCCACAGAAAAAUCUGCAUGUGUAAUGCGGAUUUCAUCCCGCUACAUUCAGAAGGGUGACAUUUUGGGCUAAUUUCUGUCCUGUGUGGACUAAACCUACCUACACCCAGGGCAGAUUUACGGUAUAUGCAGAAAAUCUGCACAAAAUGAGCCUCAAACUGCGCACUAUUUAUCGUGGUAUUUGUGCGUUUUUCAUAUGCAUUUUGUUUGUUAGCAAUCCCAUUUGAAGUCUAUGAGGAAAACCGCUCUACAGCAGGUAAAGAAUCACACAAACAAUUGAAACGCUGUGGAUUUUAAAAUUACUCGUGUAUAAAAUAUGCACCGUGUGCGUGCGAUUUGCCAAUUCUCAUGCACUUUGUUUUUUCUGCACACAUAAAAACCCAAUACUGUAAGAUGCACAGUAGGUUAAGGCAGUAAGUUUGGAGAUGCAAUCUCACUUGUGACUGUCACAGAAUUUGGGUUCAUACCUCCAAGUCGUCUAUCAGAUGAAAAUCUGCAGUGGAUGGAACUUUCACCACAAUAAAGAACAUGGCCUCCUAAUGGCUGCAUCGGGGGCCGGUUCUGCCAGUGUUUGUUGUGUAGGAUUAGAUUAACACAGCGGCCAUGAUGUUAAUCUCACAUGUAGUCAUCAACCUCCUAUCACAUCUACGAGAUAAAACACUGGAGCAGCUCAUCACAUGGAUCUGAUGAAGAUGCCUCGUGCAGGGCGAUGAGUGGUGUGAAGUCCACAGAAGUGUCUCCCUACCUAGUGAUACCCCCAUGGAGGGGUAAGAGACUAGAUCAUCCUUACCACGUGGGCCUUUGACACAGUGCAGAUGAAAUGGAUGUACAAAUGUGUUUCUUCAGUUAGGACUCAUGCACACGACCGUAUGUAUUCUGUGUUACCCAAAAAUACGGAUGAUGUCCGUGUGCAUUCCGUAUUUUGCUGAACGGAACAGCUGUCCCCUAAUAGAACAGUGCUAUCUGUGUCCAUAAUACGAACAAUAAUAUGACAAUAAUAAAAAAUAAAAAAAAGGAAUGGACACGAAAGAAAAUACGUUCGUGUGCAUGAGCCCUAAAGGGUAUGUUCCCUGUAAACUAGUAUUAUUUAUACAGCUACCAUGCACACCUAUGCAUCUCCAUGGUUACAGACUACAAACAAACUGCGUAGUCUGAACCUGCAGUCACAUGGUACUGGUUUCAGGUGGCAGAUGCAAGUGAGUAAAUGUGCCCAUAUCCGUCGGCGGAGCACUUGUACAGCCAACUUGUCUCGACUUCCUCCCUCGUGCACAUAUGGACUCGGAUUUGCAAGCGCCAUCUCCAGAGGUCCCAUAGAGAGACUGAAAAGAGUAGCAGUUACCCCAUUCAUUUUGAAGGUAUAGGACCCUUUUUCUUGUGAUGGAUGGGGGUCACAGCAAUUAGACCCUCGCUGAUCUAAUAGUUACCCCUUAGGGCUCGUUCACACGAACGUGUGCUGCCCGUUGGCGUAUUGCCGGACCGCAUUUACACUACGGAGUGCUUCCUGGGGUUCUGUUCCGUGCCUCCGCACAGCAAAAAGAUAGGACAUGCUCUCUAUCUUUUUGCGGAACGGAGGGAUCACAGACCUAUUCAAGUGAAUGGGUCCACGAUCCCCAUGCGGCUGGGCCACGGUCAGUGCCCGUGCAUUGCGGACCACAGCACAGGCUUCACACAGUCAUGUGAACGAAGAGCUCUU